AUGCAAGAUCUGAAGCAAUUGCUGGUGGAAGCUGGACAAGAGCUGCCCGCAUUCCUUCGCGAUCUUGCCGGCGACACCGAAGAGGCAUCUACCGGUCACGGCGACGAUAAGGGUUGCGCUUACUGCUCUGGUCUCGGUCACAGAAUCACGAACUGUCCAAAAUUGGCUGGUAUCAAUACCAAGGUACAUUGUUUUACUAAAUUCUCUUACCAGGUUUUGUCUUGGCCCAAUUUUUUUUUGCUAGUUUCUUGAAG